CAUAUUGACAAACCCUUUGUCAAUUUGCAGUCACGAAUAAGUUGUAAAACUGGAUUUUUGGUCGGUGACUGACUUGAUGCCGCGUUGGAUUGUGGGCGAUGACGUCACACGUCCUCCAUCUUUGUCCUACUGUGGAUGUCAGCAAGAGUUGGGGAGUCAUGCGACCGAUUCGCUCUUUAAACAAUUUCUCUAAACGAUGCUAUGCUGCUGCCAGGCCAAGGGAGGCUCUAACUGAGGCCUACGCGGCACACAAGUCGUCCGCAGUGGCACUGCCCGCCCCUCAAAAUGUCCAGGUGUCUAAGCUCCCAAACGGUUUGGUGAUCGCAUCCUUGGAGAACUACUCCCCGGUGUCCAGCGUGGGCGUGUUUGUGAAAGCGGGGAGUCGCUAUGAGACGGCGGAGAACCAGGGUGUGGCUCACGUCCUGCGACUGGCUGCAAACUUGACUACGAAAGGCGUUUCUGCCUUUAAGCUCUGCCGCGGCGUGGAAGCACUCGGAGCCAGUCUGAGUGCCGCAUUAUCUAGAGAAAGCGUGGUCUACACUGCAGAGUGCUUCCGGGAUGACCUUGAUAAUAUUUUGGAGUAUUUAGUCAACGUGACCACGGCGCAGGAGUUCAGGCCCUGGGAAGUGAACGAUCUGACACCCAGGAUCAACAUCGACAAGGAUCGGGCAAUGCGGUCCCCUCGAUUAGGUGUCGUUGAGAAGUUGCAUGAGGCGGCUUACAAAAACGCCCUGUGCAACUCUUUGUACUGCCCGGACUACAUGGUUGGCAAAGUCUCUCCUCAGCAACUGCACUCAUUUGUCGACGACCAUUUCACGACGGGCAGGAUGGCCGUCGUCGGGCUGGGUGUGUCGCACUCUGACCUGAAGCAGCUGGCCGAGCGGUUCCUCAGUGUCCGCAGCGGGGCCGGAGCGCCUGCGGUUAAAGCGUCUUACCGCGGAGGCGAGCUUCGUGUUCAGAACAAGGAUCAGCAGGUUCACGCAUUGGUGGUCAGCGAAGGCGGCGCGGCGGGCAGCGCCGAGGCCGACGCCUUUGUCGUGCUGCAAAGGAUCCUGGGAGCCGGGGCACACGUGAAGCGGGGCGCGAGCGUUGCCAAUAAACUGAGCCGGGGUAUUGCCAAGGCAACCACGCGGCUCUUUGACGCCUCCGCCUUCAAUGCCUCCUACUCCGACUCGGGUCUGUUCGGCGUCUACACCGUCUCGCAAGCCCACGACGCCGACGGGGUGAUCAGAGCGGCCGUCGCUCAAGUGGGCGGCGUGGCCGAGGGCGGCGUGACGGCGGACGACGUCGUCAGAGCAAAGACUCAGGCCAAAGCGGAUUAUCUGAUGUCAAUCGAGAGUUCGCACGGCCUCAUGGCGGAGGUGGGCGCUCGGGCUCUGGCCGACGGAGUCUACAGGCCGCCCGAGUCGAUCCUCCGGGGCGUCGACGCCGUCACCCUGGAGCAUGUUGUCAAGGCUGCAAGAAAGUUUGUGGAUGGCAAGAAGACCAUGGCAGCGAGGGGACACCUUAUCAAUACACCUUUUGUGGAUGAGUUAUGAAGGGCUUUUUUUUUUUUUUUUUUUUAAAGAUGAGUAUGCAGCUGGUACCUGUCAGAUCUAUACAGAGAAUAAAGAGGACUUCAGUUUCACGUGAGCAGCCAUUCAAUCUGUCGGACCGCAGUGAGUGUCAUCAGCAACAAAAGGCGAUCGGGCCGCG